AUGGACUCUGAUCCUAGAACGCGUCCCUUAUUCCUUGAACCAGGAUGCCUUGAUGCGCUUAACAAAAUACGGAAAAGAAACAUGGCUCCAAAUACACUGCCGCCAACUGGCAGACGCAACAUACUGAAGACCAUCUUAGAACUCGGUCCGCCACCGGGCAGACGACCUCAUUCCGUCACCUACGACCUCAUUCCGUCACCUGUGAACAAAAUACAUGGCUCCAAAUACACUGCCGCCAACUGGCAGACGCAACAUACUGAAGACCAUCUUAGAACUCGGUCCGCCACCUGGCAGACGACCUCAUUCCGUCUUACCCGUUUACCUUACUACAAAGAGGCUACCCGCCAGCUGGCAGGCGAUAGCAUUUGUUGA